AUACACGUCAUAAAUUGCUUGAAGAAAAUAACAAAAUUCACUCACAUACAUGGUAGUGUUUAUUCACACAGAGAGAGAGAGAGAGAGAAGAAAAAGAAACAAAAUUCGAGAAUAACACACAUUCAUAUCUCAAACAUGUCUCGUUAUUCCUCUUCUAAUCCCUUCGCAACAUUUCAUUCCGAUUCUGAUUCCGAUUCCGAUUCUGACUCGCCGAGUUACUUCGUCACCGAUCUCUUCCAAACUCGCUCCUCCAACCUCCCUUCUCCCUACGAUGACACAAACAUAAACCCUUUCUCCGACGUCGUUUCUGAUCUUCAUCAAGGUGAACUAGAAUUAGAAUUAGGUUUAGGUUUAGAGUUAGGAUUUGGUGAUGAAAACGAAAUUGAAACUCAAUAUAACGAUAACUAUGAUGAAGUUUUCGAUUUUUCGUUGCGUGAUGAUUCUAGUGGACUUAGGGUUAUUGGAUUUGGUUCCGAUUCAGAAUCGAGUGGUCAUGAUGAAGAAUUCGGUUCUGGGAGAAUCGAUGAUGAUGAAGAUGAUGAGAGGGUUGGUGGAUUGUGUUGGGAUAGUCUAUGUUUAGAGGAUCGUAGGAGUAUCAAUGAAUGGGAGGAAGUGGUUGAAGAGAGGGUGACUGAUGAUGAAAUUGAGGUUGAGGUUGAAGUUGAUGAUCAAUCCGUGGCCUCGGGCUUCGAGGAAGAAGAAGAAGAAGGAGGAACGGAACUUGAUGAAGAGGGGUUGAGGUAUUUGGAAUGGGAGAUUCUAUUGGCUUUUAACAAUUUAGAGAGGGGUGUUGGGUUGGAACAUGAAGAUGAGAACAUUGCUGAUUUGUAUUUAGCUGUUCAAGACGGUAUAAUAUCGGGAACAACCGAUUAUGAUAUUCUUUUCGGACAGUUACUUGAGAAUGAGAGUGGUUUGAAGGGUAGUCCACCGACGGCGAAGAGUUUUGUGGAGAAUCUCCCAUUGGUGGAAUUGACGGAGGAGGAGUUGAAAGGGAAGGAUAUUGUGUGUGCUGUUUGUAAAGAUGAGGUGAUGUUGGAGGAGAAGGUGAGGAAGUUACCUUGCUCACAUUGUUACCAUGGAGAUUGUAUUUUGCCAUGGUUGAGUAUUCGUAACACGUGUCCUGUUUGUCGGUUUGAGUUGCCCACGGAUGAUGCUGAUUACGAGCGGAGUAAGAUUCGUAGUGUGGCUCGUGAUCUUUGGGAGCUUUCAAUGUAAAUUUAGUUUUCACUUGUUGAUUUGCUUCAGGUUAUACUUAAAAGUUUAUGUAAAUAGCAGUUGGUGUUGUCUCGUUUAUUCGAAGGAUGAUGAGAACAAAUCUUUUGUAAUUAGUUUUCAUGUUAUGGUGGUUUUAGAAUAAGUUUUAUACCAUUUUGCGUGCAUUGGAUAUACCCAAGACAUGAUGCUGUCAAUACUCAAGUUCGUUUAUUUUAUAUUUCAUAUUUUAUAAAGAUAAAGUGUUGCACAUGAAGGAUCA